ACACCGAGUGAGAAGAGCGAAGACGAUGAACCAUUUGCCAUGUCUCCACUGCAAAGCUUCCUAUGGUCUUUGGUCUCUCAAGCUCUGCUAUGGAAAACUAGUUCUAUGGGCCUGUUUUUGGACUGGUAUGGAGUGGUAGAUCCACAAACUUCACGCCUAUGUAAAAUACCAGAAGUCAGCGAACUCAAGGCCUUCCUCUGGAACUUGA